UAUAAAACCUCCAGCCACAGAGUGAACAGACUACAUAUUAUCAGCCGGUGUGUUGCAAGACAAGAAGCGCAGAUGGACACCAGGAACAGCACUGAAGAGAAACCUGUCCAGCGAUCUAAGUCCUUUAGCUUUAAAACCCAAAAGGAAGUGUGUACAUCAUGUGAGAAGACGGUCUACCCAAUGGAGAGAUUGGUUGCCAAUAACAUGGUCUUCCAUUCAGCAUGCUUCUGCUGCAAACACUGCAACGCCAAACUCAGCCUUGGCACAUUCGCAGCUCUUCAAGGUGAAUUCUACUGUAAACCUCACUUUCAGCAGCUGUUCAAAAGCAAAGGCAACUACGACGAAGGCUUCGGACGCAAACAGCACAAAGAGCUCUGGGCCUCCAAGGAGUCAGAUAAUAUAACAAAGACAGCAUAAUCAUGUCUGGCUGUGUCCCAUCCCAGUCCUGUCUCUUCCUUCAAGCCCCCCCCCCCUCACCCUCCCCUCCUCCCCCUCCUUACACUUCCUAUACAUCACGAUGAACACAUGCCUCACGUGCUGGGGCACUGGUAAAAUCACCCAGGCACUCACUUGCUUUUUGAAGGCCAUCAGAACAGAUACAUGCACAAACAGAUAGGAAAGGACUGGCCAGUCAUAAUCAUUCCACUUAAAAAAUAAUAAUAGUUAUAGUCUGGGUUUGAUUUUAUUAAUGUGUAUUUUCUUAUUUCCUGCUUGGAAUUGGUAGAUGAUUGUGACCAAAUGCCUUCUCUGGUAUGGGAAGUUUAAUAAUAAUCACUUUUUUUUCCUCUUUUUUUUUUAUUAUUAUUAUUUUUUUAAUCAUUUGCACCCUUUUACUUUACGAGUAAGUAAUCUGUGUGCUCAGGCAAACAUAUCAGAGGGGUAACAGAGCAUCCAUGUUUUGCAGUAGAGCAUAAACUCAGGUCAAUUUUCAUCCAAGAGUUUCUCGAACAUAUUGCUUAAUUUAACUCAUUUCAAUCAAAUAACACAAACCCAGUAAUAGCCCUCAUUAUUUUGACUUUGCUGUCAAGAGACAUUAAUGUCAGUUUGUCAGGUUUCAUAUUUAUGAUGAACAAACAGGGUGCAGAGUACUGUAAACAUAACCGCACACAUCAGCAACAGCUCACCUCUCUAAAUGUUUGUGUUUUAUUUCGGUUGCUCCAGCUCAUGGUUUGUUCUUAUUUUAUUAACCACUUUGAGUCUUAUCCUUGCAUGUUGGGAUGACUGGUUCUGAAUAGCCUUAUCUUAUGACUGUAUCGAUCUUUUGUGUUGUGAAUGAUUUGUCUCCAUGAUGCAUAGCAAAUCACUUCUUAAGGGGGUUUCCAAGAGUUUGGAUUUGAUUGAUGUCAUGGCAUAAGUUGAUCCUCUCCAAGCUUCAAUGGGUGAACUUUUAAUGGAAUUCUCAGAUUGUGCGUUUUGUAUUCUGUCUGUACAUAGAGCUGUAGUUUGUGACUUAGUGAACAUUCCCCACCAAACUCUACUCUCCACUUCCACAUACAACCCCACAUCAUCACCAGACUAGAUGUGGAUAAUCACAGGGAAACCAGAGGCUUUGUGUGUAAACAUCCCUCAGCUGAAACAUUUUAAGAGGCGGUAUAUACGGUUAUCAGCUAAGUGGAAUACCACAGAGACAUUUGUUCAUCACAAAUGAGGAUGUUAACAGACAAUGCUUAAGCCUUGCAGGUAAUCCCAAAACUGUUUUCUUCAUCAUAUCACCCUUGUCAGCAUCUUGUGAGGGUUUUUCCCCAGCUGUAUUUAGGUGUAAUAUAACUGGAUAGAUUUCACUGGGGCGUGGACGGAUCCUAUCCAUUCAUAUUUGUUCCCCCAAGUCCCAUAUAGUUAGAAUAGACGGUUUCCUUCUUUUUAAGUAAUGCCUUCCUGAUCUCAUCUUAUUCGCUAAAUGCAUCUUAGCACUUAGCCUUUAGCACCUGGACCUAUUUCUUAUAUUGAAUUAACAGUAUGUGUUUGACGGAGGGUUUGUCGUUGUAUUGGUCCCCUUUUGUGCUCCUGCAUGCUGCAUGAUAAAACUUGGUGCAGAGCACCCCCUACUGGGGAAAGUGUGACAGUAACGACUGGAGAAAGUGUGAAAAGAGUAUAGGAAGAAAAAAAUCUUGCCUGUGAACUCAAGGAAGCCUUUAUUCAAAGUUUAGUAAUAUGUUGCCUCAGUUUGCUGUGCAGCUACUGCACUUCAGCUACUUUGAUCUUACUUAAUUCCAACACCUAAGAGAAAUUAACACAGUUAGACAAGACUUCCACUUCUAUUUUUCAUUCCUUACAUAGAAUGAGUCUAAAGCCAUUCAAAUAUUUCAUUAUAGAAAAUGUCUGAUUAUCACUAAGACUUGACUGACACUUGAAUGACACAAAGUACUUUUUGUGACUGAAAGUUUACUGUGAAUUUAAGAGUGCCGUGUGGAAAAACAGAAACUUAAAGAGAUGGAUAUUUUCUUGAUUUUAAAGGAGAGGCCUUAGAAAUAAAUAGCUGACCUUGCUUUUUCGAACUAGUUCUUUGAAUCCACAAAUCUAGACCAACAAAUGUCCUGUUCAUGUCCAGAAACAGACAGGCUAACUGUAGAAUCCCACUCUUUAACAUAGGAUUACUUCACCCAACCAGCAUCACCUUCUAAUCUAACCACUUUUUAGCAACAUGUAUUUCUCAAUCAUUUCUAAUUAUACUUGUGUGACUAUGUAUAUUUCAUUUUUCAUUAUUCUUUUACAUUUUAAAAUGGUCCUCUGGAUCCCUGAGAAUGCUUUAAAAUCACAAGUAUUGUAUCUAGAAAUGCUGUCUUUGUCAUUCUCCAUUAGCAGUUCGCCAAGGUACAACUUCAGAAUCUGUGAAUUGCAACGUGUUAUUGUAACAGAGUAGACAAGGUACACUUUUACACUGGUGCCAAGAGGCUCAGGUGAAUGAUUGCAGUGUAACGUUUUAAAUGUAAAACCUGUGAGUCAUUUCAUUUUUUGUGCUAUACUUGAUGUGGACUUACUUCUCAAUGCUGUUGUUAUCAAGACAUUUUAAAUGUAUGCAUCUUUGAAACUUUAAUCUGUAUUAAAGACUUGACCUGUGGAUUGAGGUGGCCUUACAGAAAAAGGACGCUUGGACUGUGUUGGCAGUCUUUCCCCUCUAUUCCUCCUUCUCUCUAUUGCUUAGCUGUGGUAUGGAAAUGUAUCAUUUUAAAAGCACCCCCUUUCUACGCCAAUAUACACAUUCAUUUUGUGCAUUUUCUUCCUUGUUUUUAUUUUUUUUUACAUGCUUUUUGAGAAAAAAAAUAAAAUGCUGGUGUUGAUUUAA